ACCUAAGAGGAAGAAGUUUAUAGUUUUACCGCGCUCUCUGUUGUUUUCUCGUGAUGUUGGUUUACUACAAACUGUUAGAAAUGUUGUUUCUGUAAAUAGAGAAAUACAGUUUUUGAAUCAGGUCAUGUAAUAUUCUGGUCCUCACAGUCGAGACUAAGUGUUGAAUCAAGCAGGAAUAUCUGGAUAAGUAUCAUCUGAACUGAGAUCUGCUGCUGUGAAGAUGAAGUUUGUUAAAGAGGAGAGUGAAGAGAACACGAGAGAACCAGAAACCUGGAAAAUAAAACAUGAGGAACCAGAAUCAGAAACUAUAAGAAUAAAAGACGAGGAACCAGAAACCUGGAAAAUAAAACACGAGGAGCCAGAAGCCCGGAGAAUAAAACAGGAGGAACCAGAAACCCGGAGAAUAAAACAGGAGGAACCAGAAACCGGGAGAAUAAAACACGAGAAACCAGAAACCUGGAGAAUAAAACAGGAGGAACCAGAAACCAGGAGAAUAAAACAGGAGGAACCAGAAACCUGGAGAAUAAAACAGGAGGAACCAGAAACAAGGAGAAUAAAACACGAGGAACCAGAAACCGGGAGAAUAAAACACGAGGAACCAGAAACCUGGAGAAUAAAACACGAGGAACCAGAAACCCGGAGAAUAAAACAGGAGGAACCAGAAACCGGGAGAAUAAAACACGAGGAACCAGAAACCUGGAGAAUAAAACACGAGGAACCAGAAACCCGGAGAAUAAAACAAGAGGAUCAUGGAGGCCUGAUGAAAAUGAAAGAAGAAAGACAAGAUCGGAAAGAGGUGGAUCAGAAAUAUGAGGAUCAGAAAGCUCCUGGUGUCAAUGAAGAAAAAUCAGCGAGUUGCAGCAUUAAAACAACAGAAGUCAAAAGGCCUUUCAGCUGCUCUCAGUGUGGAAAGAGUUUCACAUCUUACAAAAGUCUUAAGAGGCACAUGUUAAUUCAUGCUGGGAUAAAGCCUUUCAGCUGCUCUCAAUGUGGAAAGAGUUUUACACUAAAAGAACACCUUAAGAGUCAUUUGGUAACUCACUCUUCAGAAAAACCUUUCAGAUGCUCUCAGUGUGGAAACACUUUUACGUGUAAAGCGAGCCAUGAGCACCACAUGUUAAUUCAUGCUGGGAUAAGGCCUUUCUCCUGCUCUCAGUGUGAAAAGAGUUUUACAAAGAAAUCAAGCCUUAAUAAUCACAUGUUAAUUCAUGCUGGGAUAAAGUCUUUCAGCUGCUCUCAGUGUGGAAGGAGUUUUAGACUGAAAAGGACAACUUAAGAUUCAUUUGGUAACUCACAAUUCAGAAAAACCUUUCAGCUGCUCUCAGUGUGGAAAGUGUUUUACACAUACAUUGUUUCUUAAUAGGCACAUGUCAAUUCAUGCUGGGAUAAAAUCUUUCUUCUGCUCUCAGUGUGGAAAGAGUUUUACACUGAAAUCAUACCUUAAGAAGCACAUGUUAAUUCAUUCUGGGAAAAAGCCUUUAUCCUGCUCUCACUGUGGAAAGACAUUUACACAGAAAGGAAAACUCAACAUUCAUUUGUUAACUCACACUUCAUAAAAGCCUUUCACCUGCUCUUUAGUGUGGAAGGUCUUUGUCACAUAAAAGAUACCUUGAGAAUCACACGUUGAAUGCCUAUUUUCCACAGGUUUUAUGAUUCGGUAGGGUCUUGAAGGGGUCAUGUGAUCCAGUUUCAAAAAACAUUUUCUCUUUGGAGUGUUACAAGCUCUUGGUGCAUGCAUAUAAGACCUAUUAAGUUUCAAAGACUAAAGUGUCAAAUCUAAAGAGAUAUCCUUUAUAAAAGUUAAGGGUCAACCACACUCACGUAAAUCGUCUAGUUCUACCAUGCCGUCACAUCUCUACAUCUAUGUGGGAAGAAUUGCAUUACACCAACCUAAAGGUUCACGCAAAGAUAGAAGGCAUUACUUUUAUUCUCUCUGUUGCAGCAGCUGCCAUGUUUCACUGUGUGCUUCGUUGAAGUGAAACUCUGUUUGGCCUUCCAAAAGAGGACAUGAAUAGAAAUCAGUGGUUAAGUUGCAUUUCAACACUGUUCCAGAACAGUCAAACUCAAAUAUUCAGAUGUGUGCUGCGCAUUUUAUGGAGGAUGAGGACUGUUUCCUGAACCAGUAGCUUGCAGUGUGUCUGUGGCACACCAGCUGUUUUUAUAAAGUUGAGCAGUUCAAACUUUUCAAGGACAAACAUUUUGAGCAGUAGAGUAGGCUUGUUGUUAGUUGUUUUUCAGAUCACAAAUGCAGACAUUGUUUUAUGUUUAUGCAGUAUAAUAAGUAAUUUUGUCCCACUGGAUGUAACAAAUGCCUCAUUUGUAAUGGGUUUUAUUUUAUUUGUUUUGUCUCGUCUAGUGAUUUAGCGCUGGCUAAGUGGGUCAAAGACUCAUCUCUGUGCCAAUCACAAAACAAAUUUUCACUCUCUUAAACUCAUUCUUUCCUCUCUUUGCCUUUGCAAAUUGUGUGAAUGUGCAUGAAUGUGUUUGUUAGAUUAGUUUACAUGUCUUUUUGAUUUAUCCAAUAAAGUCUUAUGUACAUUGAAAAUAA